CUGCCGACGUGGGGCUGACGGCCGCAGGCGGUUAGGGCCCCGGGUGCCCGGGUGCGGGUGCCGAACGGGAGGCGAGGAUGGGGGGUUUGCGGCUGCUGGCAGUGGCCCUGACGUGCUGCUGGUGGCCGCAGGGCAGCCAGGGUAAAACCCUGCGGGGCAGCUUCAGCAGCGCCGCGGCCCGAGACACUCAGGGCCAGAGCAUCGGCCACUUCGAGUUCCACGGUGACCAUGCUCUUCUGUGUGUCAGAAUCAACAACAUAGCAGUAGCUAUUGGAAAAGAAGCUAAACUCUACCUGUUCCAAGCCCAGGAAUGGCUAAAACUGCAGGAAAGCAGUCAUGGUUAUAGCUGUAGUGAAAAAUUAUCCAGAGCUCAGUUGACAAUGACAAUGAACCAGACUGAACAUAAUCUGACAGUGUCCCAGAUUCCAUCUCCACAAACAUGGCACGUGUUUUAUGCAGACAAGUAUACAUGCAGAGAUGACAAGGAGAAUUCUCAGGUGGAAGAUAUCCCCUUUGAAAUGGUGUUACUAAACCCAGACGCUGAAGGAAAUCCAUUUGACCAUUUUAGUGCUAGAGAAUCUGGGUUACAUGAGUUCUUUUUCCUCCUAGUCCUAGUGUACUUUGUGAUUGCUUGCAUUUAUGCUCAAUCAUUGUGGCAGGCUAUUAAGAAAGGAGGACCCAUGCACAUGAUUUUAAAGGUUCUGACAACUGCAUUGCUGUUACAAGCUGGUUCAGCUUUAGCUAAUUACAUUCAUUUCUCCAGGUAUUCCAAGGAUGGAAUAGGGGUACCUUUUAUGGGAAGUUUGGCAGAAUUUUUUGACAUUGCUUCUCAAAUUCACAUGUUAUACCUACUUCUGAGUCUAUGCAUGGGUUGGACUAUAGUCAGAAUGAAGAAAUCUCAAAGCAGACCUCUCCAGUGGGAUUCUACUCCUGCAUCCACUGGCAUUGCCGUGUUCAUUGUCGUAACACAGGGUUGUAUCCUGUGGUUUUUAUGCCAUCCUGUUCUUACGUGCAUUUCUAUCCUUUUCAGUGACUACCAAAGAGAUAAGGUUAUUACAAUAGGUGUUAUCCUUUGCCAGUCUGUUUCCAUGGUUAUUCUCUACAGACUUUUCCUAUCCCACAGUCUAUACUGGGAAGUCUCUUCUCUUUCCUCAGUAACACUACCACUGACCAUAUCAUCUGGACACAAAAGUCGCCCUCAUUUCUGAUACUUGAUUUUUGUUGAAAGAAAAAGUGAAUUGGUUAAAGGAGUGCAAUAAGGAUCCAAAUACAGUGACUCUUUUUUCAUACAUUUGGUAUGAAAAAUUGAACUUUGAAACCAGAGCAUGUUAUUUAUAUAACUGCAUUUAAGCAGUACCAAAAUCAAAAAGGUAAUAAGUCAAAUGUUUUGAAAGAAACUUAAACAAUAAACUUUCAAGAAAGAGUGUUGUUAUAAGGUGAUUGAAGCAAUUUCCAUAUGGAAUAAAUGUGAAAAAGAACUAUAUGAUAGUUUGGUAAGAUAUUCACCACUUAUAAUGCCUCAUAUCAAUAGGUAACUCAGGUUUGAUAGUAUUUUAAAAAGUAAUCAGUUAAAUGAUUACUUGCAUAUACAUAUCUAAACUAGUCCAGUUAUGAAAUCAGUGUAAUACAUUGAUUGAAAAAACUGCUUUGUUUUAAUGCUUUAAAAAAAAUGUAUUUCAUGUUAGAGUUUAAAGAAUUUGAAAAUGAGAUUACUUCAGGAAAUGAAUAUAAAAUAUAUUCAGCUACCUAAAUAAGAUUUUGUUUACUUGUGGGUGGGUUUAUUUGCCAAUUUUUUUCAUUUUUGGCUCUAGUUCAGGUUUAGCUUGAUUAGCAAAGGAUUUUUGACAAAUUUAUGAAAAAUAAAACCUAGACACUUUACAUGGGUUUUAAGGACAAAGGAUUUUAAAAUUUGAGCACUUAGGUAAAGGGACAAAAAGGUUUAUGUGUCUGAAAAGAAAAAAGGAAAAGGUACUAUGUGAUAUGGUACUAAAAUUUUAAUCCUGAUAUAAUUCAUUUCUCUUACAUUGAAUCCUCAAUCAUAAUUAAGCCAUAUACCCAGAUUAAAUUAACAGAAGCAUUUCACAUAAAUGUUGGUUUCAGUCAUCAACUACCCAUGAAUUCCUGCCCAAGGAUACUUAAUCAGGAUUAAAUUUUCUAUGAAUAAUUGAAAAACAAAAUACUCACUGGGUUUGUUAUAAUCCGUGUUGGCACUGGAUUCUAAGUAGUUGCCAUCUUGAAUCCUUUGUAAUAAAGCCAUAUUUGUGUUUUGGUGUGUGUGUGUGUGUGUGUGUGUGUGUGUGUGUGUGUGAGAAAGAAAGAUGCCCUUCUGUUGAGUACACUAGUUUAAAAAUACUCCAUCAAGUGCCUGAUUAAAGAAUUGCUAGAUGGUUGUCACUGCCUGCUGUAUAAAGUGAAUAUUCCCAUUCAUAGUAACUGACUGGAAAUAAUUCUGUUGCUGUUUGUCAAGUUGUUCAGGCCUUUUUAUUUUUAUUUCUGGUUAUUUAAAAAUAUUUUUAUCUGCUUAUUACAUUUUUAAACAAGAAAUGGUGCAAUGAUCUGAUAAUUAAACUUAUAAAUUAGUUAAAAUGAUGUAGCUCAACUUAAGAUUAUCUAUGGCUUUGUCUGUGUUUAUCCCUGGCACAUAGUCUCACUGGAAAUGAAUAGUAUUCUACUUUAUUCUAAAGGCAAAAUAUUUUUGUGUGUGACUAGCAAAAUGGCACAGUAACAAAGUUCAACCCAUCUAUUAAAUCAUCUCCCUAAUAGUUCUGUGUCUAUCAUUUAAUAAAUGAGUGCUGCAGGUUAAGACUAGAAAGUCUGAAGAAUGUUUUAGGUUUACAGGAUCUGCUGAGUGGUCAUAACUUUUUCUUUUAUCAUAUCACUAAUAACAACCAGUUAAUGUCUGCUAUGUUCAACUGAGUCACAGUUAAUUAAUCUAAAAGAGUGAGAGAAAUUUUUUCAUACAAUUUGUGAAAUUGCAACAAUGGGAAAGGAAUAAUUAUUUGUAUUAUUUUAUAUAAAGAACACAGUAACUAUAAUCAACAUAUGUGAAAUGUAUUACUAUACUUGCAUUUAUUUAACUUCAA